GCGCAAUGAGCACGUCAAAGCCGGGCUCAGGCCGGAGCUGGGCGCGGGGCGCCAGGAGCCGCGCGGCCUGAGAAAGUCCGGGGCUUCAGUAGCCGCUCGAAGACUGAGGCAACCUCAGAGGCGAAGGCAGUGCCGGACCUCACAGCCACAGCCGCGGCCCGACCGAGCGCAGCAGCGCGGCGGCCACAGCAGGAACCCCUGGGCCACCGUCCGUCCGCGCAGCCGCCGCCGCCGCGGGAGCCCGUCGCCCGGAGCAGCUGCGGGCGGAGGACAACGGAGGGCCGGAGCGUCCGAGCCGCGCCGCGGGGACCGAGCGAGCAGCCCGAGGCGGCGGCGGCCGAGGACGGGGACGGAGACGACGCGGAGAGGGAGCUCCCUGGCCCGGCCCAGCCCCGUCAAGCAGGUAGAGUGCAGUGGAAGCCUCUGGUGCUGCCGUCAUGCCGUUCCCAUUUGGCAAGUCUCACAAAUCUCCGGCAGACAUUGUGAAGAACUUGAAGGAGAGCAUGGCUGUUUUGGAAAAGCAGGACAUUUCUGACAAAAAGGCAGAAAAGGCUACAGAAGAAGUUUCCAAAAAUUUGGUUGCUAUGAAAGAAAUUCUAUACGGCACAAAUGAGAAGGAGCCUCAGACAGAGGCGGUAGCUCAGCUGGCUCAGGAGCUGUACAAUAGCGGGCUCCUCAGCACCCUGGUGGCUGACUUACAGCUCAUUGACUUUGAGGGCAAAAAAGACGUGGCUCAAAUUUUCAACAAUAUUCUCAGAAGACAAAUUGGUACAAGAACUCCUACUGUUGAAUACAUCUGCACCCAACAGAAUAUUUUGUUCAUGUUAUUGAAAGGGUAUGAAUCUCCAGAAAUAGCUCUUAAUUGUGGGAUAAUGUUAAGGGAAUGCAUCAGACAUGAACCACUCGCAAAAAUCAUUUUGUGGUCGGAACAGUUUUAUGACUUCUUCAGAUAUGUUGAAAUGUCAACAUUUGACAUAGCUUCAGAUGCAUUUGCUACAUUCAAGGAUUUACUUACAAGACAUAAAUUGCUCAGUGCAGAAUUUUUGGAACAACAUUAUGAUAGAUUUUUCAGUGAAUAUGAAAAGCUACUUCAUUCAGAAAAUUAUGUGACAAAGAGACAGUCACUGAAGCUUCUGGGUGAGUUGCUGUUAGACAGACACAACUUCACUAUUAUGACAAAAUAUAUCAGCAAGCCUGAGAACCUCAAGCUAAUGAUGAACCUCCUCCGGGACAAGAGCCGCAACAUCCAGUUCGAGGCCUUUCACGUGUUCAAGGUGUUUGUGGCCAACCCCAACAAGACGCAGCCCAUCCUGGACAUCCUCCUCAAGAACCAGACCAAACUCAUCGAGUUCCUCAGCAAGUUUCAGAACGACAGGACCGAGGACGAGCAGUUCAAUGAUGAGAAGACCUAUUUAGUCAAGCAGAUCAGGGAUCUGAAGAGAGCAGCUCAGCAAGAAGCCUAGUUUCCAACAAACCCCGCCGUCCGUCCGUCCGUCCGUCAGUCCCACCCCAGCUCAGCACUUGCUGUCAGCUCCUCAGCAUCAGGCACUCUAUCGACUCAAUGAGGAGCACUCCCGCUAAUCUGCUGUUAAGUGAACGGUUUUCAUUUUACCUUUUGUUUUUCAGUCCAGGUUGGAGAACGUAGCUGCUGCUGCUUGCACAUUAGAGCGCACGUGGUCUUUCUUUCCCUUGAUCUCUGUGUCCUUUCAGAACUCACAGACUCCAUUUGCUACAGGAGUUCUGAACAUGGCUGGGUUCACAGAAGCAAAUGUAGCGAGCGUGGUCUAGGGGAAGACAGUGAUGACAUCGCUGACACCGGCCUGUCCAUCGACACUGCUCUCUGCAGGUCUGUGCAGUACGGCACGGGUACACCCAUCCCAGCGCCAGAGCAUCCAUCUCUGCUGAAGGAAGACGGCGUAUACAGGGAUUGUUGGAGAUCAGAAGGGAGAACUGUAUCCAGUGUGAACUUUGGGGAGGAUAAAGUUGAUGUGCAAAUAAAUUGAUCCUGAAACUUAGCAAAUUCUCGAGUGUGGAGCUUCAUAAGGUCAUAAGAAAGUGUAUAUAUGCUUUUUCACAGCUUUCUAGAACUUUUGACAUUUGAUUUUCUUGAAACUUGUAAACCUGGAUAUGUUGAAGGGUGUUUGUUAAUUUUACUUUUGAAGGUGUUUUAAAACAGUAGAGCUAGCGACCAACACCUUAUGUUUCAUUUCAACACUUGCUUACAGGUUUCUUUUGUAUAUAAUUCUUAGAAUGCUCAUUUCUUUUAAAUCGUUUAAUUUGUACAGCAGAGGAAUGUUAUUGUAGUAGUAUGUAACUAUUACCUGAGUUUUGCAAAAAAAAAAAAAAAAAAAGAAUGCUCAUAUGUAAUUGAAAUACUUGAGAUUACAUGAAAAUGCUGAUUUUAACAUUUAAGGAUCACAGCAUUAAAAGACAAAGAACCAAUCCCUUGUAUUCAGUCGCCCACUGGGGUGCCGUUGGCAGGCAGAGCUACACACCAGGAACUCGGUCUGCUAUAUAUUCUUGCAGAAUAUUGGCUUAUUCAUUUAAAAUGAGUCCUAAGAUUGCCAUAUCUAUGAAUGAUACCGAUUAUGCUAAAUAAUGCUGAUUUUUUUUUGUGUGUGGGGGACCUCUUGUAGAGCACCCCUUCUUUCUUAGAGUAAGUAAUAUCCAGUACAGUAGUCGUGAAACUGAAUAAUUAAACCUUUGGCUUCUCUUAGGGAAAGCAGAGCCCUGGUUCUAGAUGUCCUGGUGAGAUCGAUGGUUUUAAUGUCCUUUUCCUUAAUGCUGCAAAUUAUCAGUAUUUAUAAAGUAACUGAUUUUGCACCACUUUUUUGUGACUGUGACCACAGCAGAACAAUGUCUCCUAGACUGUAUCUACAUAAAGUUACUAGAAUGGUGUCUGUCUGUCUUAGUGACACAUGGAUCACAGCUAACAACUUAAAAUCAGAGAUUGCCCGAUCCAAUUCAGCAUGGCUGUAGCUGACUAAAAAAUUUACAUAAUUAUUCUUUGCUAGCCUCUCUUACUAACUGAAUUUUUCACUGGCCAGUAAAAGGAGCCUCCUAGCUGAUGUUUUCAUGGGUUUUAAGGUUUCCUUCAAGGAAUACAAGUCAAAAAAACCACUCCAGAAAAUACAGGUCUGUUCUAUUUCAUCUAAAUGGCAGUCUACAAUAAAGGAUUUCCAAGGCUCUCUUUACCCCUGUGCGUGCGUGUGCGUGCGUGCACGAUAAUUCGUGUUCUCUAGUAGAGAUAGAGAGCAUUCAAUCUCCUGGAUGAGGAAAUCCUCAGGAGGCAGACUCAGCCAAGCUAAGUGACCCAGUCCUUGCCACCCUCUGCUGUGAGUCAGGAUUUGGUGAGACAGCGGCCAUUACACCAAGUGGAAGGAGUGUCUCCUUGCCAAGCUAGCUCUUAGAACUUGAGAUGACAAAACAGCUUCCACUUGGGCAAAUACAAAGUAGUACUAGAGUCUUGCUGUGGAAGAUGGGGUGCAGUGUGUCAAAAGAACUGUGUUACUAACACAUUGGAAGCUGAAGGUUGAGAAGGCUUCCUGGAUUGUUUUUAAACAGAACAAUGUGAAAACAUUCAAGAUUGGAAAGUUGCAUUUAAAGUGUGAUUAUUUCCUAGGCUCCUAUUACCAGAACGAUUAUCCUGGGUGUGGUUUCUUUGGUGUUAUAAAGGGUUAAUUUUACUUAAGGCAGUUACUUAAUGCGAUUUUUUUAACCCUUAAAAAAAGUGGGAGAUGUAUACAAUUGUUAAUGACAUGGAAGUUUCCUUUCUCCUGAGGAAAAGUGAAUUUCUUAUCAGAAUAUCUGGCUGGCCCUGUAAUUUAAAUUAAAAUAAAAUUUUGGAGAAACUG